CGGGGUCGCGGCGGCGAUUGGCCGGCCGCGGCGCCCGCUCCCAUAAUGCAGCGCAUGGCGCGUCAUUGAAGAGAGACCAUGAUGGCGGCGGCGCUGGGGCCCCCAGAAGUGAUCGCUCAGCUGGAGAACGCAGCCAAAGUUCUGAUGGCACCGCCUUCCAUGGUCAAUAAUGAACAGCGCCAGCAUGCAGAGCACAUAUUCUUAUCAUUUAGAAAAUCAAAAUCACCCUUUGCAGUUUGCAAACAUAUUUUGGAAACAAGUAAAGUAGACUAUGUCCUCUUUCAAGCUGCUACAGCCAUAAUGGAAGCAGUUGUCCGAGAGUGGAUUCUCUUGGAAAAAGGUAGCAUCGAGUCACUGCGAACAUUCCUUUUAACCUAUGUCUUACAAAGACCUAACCUCCAAAAGUAUGUUCGGGAACAGAUUCUAUUAGCAGUAGCAGUAAUUGUAAAACGAGGAUCAUUAGAUAAAUCAAUUGACUGCAAAAGCAUUUUUCAUGAAGUGAGCCAGUUGAUAAGUAGUGGCAAUCCUACUGUGCAAACUCUGGCCUGUUCUAUCCUAACUGCACUAUUGAGUGAAUUCUCAAGUUCAAGCAAAACUAGUAACAUUGGACUAAGUAUGGAAUUCCAUGGUAACUGCAAACGAAUUUUUCAGGAAGAAGACCUUCGUCAAAUCUUCAUGUUAACUGUUGAAGUUCUGCAAGAGUUCAGCAGGCGCGAAAACCUCAAUGCUCAAAUGUCUUCUGUAUUUCAGCGUUAUCUUGCACUUGCCAAUCAAGUCUUGAGCUGGAACUUUCUUCCUCCAAAUUUGGGCAGACAUUAUAUAGCUAUGUUUGAAUCCUCACAAAAUGUGCUGUUAAAGCCAACAGAGUGCUGGCGGGAGACUCUUCUGGACCGCAGAGUUAUGGAGCUUUUCUUCUCAGUACAUCGAAAAAUCAGAGAAGAUUCAGAUAUGGCACAAGAUUCUCUACAGUGCCUUGCCCAAUUAGCUUCUCUUCAUGGACCCAUCUUUCCCGACGAAGGAUCACAAGUUGACUAUCUAGCACACUUCAUUGAGGGAUUACUGAAUACUAUUAAUGGAAUUGAAAUAGAAGAUUCUGAAGCUGUGGGAAUCUCCAGCAUUAUCAGCAACUUAAUAACUGUGUUCCCUCGAAAUGUUUUAACUGCCAUUCCAAAUGAACUUUUCUCCUCUUUUGUUAACUGCCUUACACACCUCACUUGUUCUUUUGGGCGAAGUGCUGCAUUGGAAGAAGUGCUUGAUAAAGAUGACAUGGUAUACAUGGAAGCAUAUGACAAAUUGCUGGAGUCCUGGCUAACUUUGGUCCAAGAUGACAAACAUUUCCAUAAAGGCUUUUUUACCCAACAUGCAGUUCAAGUUUUCAAUUCCUAUAUUCAGUGCCACCUAGCUGCUCCAGAUGGCACAAGGAAUUUGACUGCCAAUGGUGUGGCCUCUCGUGAGGAAGAAGAAAUAAGUGAACUUCAAGAGGAUGAUCGAGACCAGUUUUCAGAUCAACUAGCCAGUGUAGGAAUGCUAGGAAGAAUUGCUGCAGAACACUGUAUACCUCUUCUGACAAGUUUAUUAGAAGAAAGAGUAACAAGGCUCCAUGGUCAAUUACAACGACAUCAGCAGCAAUUACUUGCCUCACCUGGGUCAAGGACUAUUGACAACAAAAUGCUUGAUGAUUUGUAUGAAGAUAUUCACUGGCUUAUUUUAGUUACAGGCUACCUCUUAGCUGAUGAUACUCAGGGAGAGACUCCGCUAAUACCUCCAGAAAUAAUGGAAUAUUCCAUUAAGCAUUCAUCUGAAGUUGACAUUAAUACAACACUUCAAAUUUUGGGAUCUCCAGGAGAAAAGGCUUCUUCCAUCCCAGGGUACAACAGAACAGAUUCUGUGAUUAGGUUGUUAUCAGCAGUUCUAAGAGUUUCGGAAGUUGAAUCUCGAGCAAUAAGAGCAGAUCUCACUCAUCUGCUAAGCCCUCAAAUGGGCAAAGAUAUUGUUUGGUUUCUAAAACGCUGGGCAAAGACUUACCUCCUGGUGGAUGAGAAACUAUAUGAUCAGAUAAGUCUGCCAUUCAGUACAGCGUUUGGGGCAGAUACAGAGGGUUCUCAGUGGAUUAUUGGCUACCUCUUACAAAAAGUCAUCAGUAACCUCUCAGUGUGGAGUAGUGAGCAGGACCUUGCAAAUGACACUGUGCAGCUCCUUGUCACUUUAGUAGAAAGAAGAGAAAGGGCAAACUUAGUAAUUCAGUGUGAAAACUGGUGGAACUUAGCUAAGCAGUUUGCAAGCCGAAGCCCACCUCUGAAUUUCUUAUCAAGUCCCGUGCAGAGGACCCUGAUGAAGGCUCUUGUCUUGGGAGGUUUUGCACAUAUGGACACAGAAACCAAACAACAGUACUGGACAGAGGUUCUUCAGCCACUUCAACAGCGAUUCUUAAGAGUGAUAAAUCAAGAAAACUUUCAGCAGCUGUGUCAGCAAGAGGAAGUCAAGCAAGAAAUCACUGCUACGUUGGAGGCCCUGUGUGGCAUAGCUGAGGCAACCCAGAUUGACAAUGUAGCAAUCCUUUUUAAUUUUUUAAUGGACUUCCUUACUAAUUGCAUUGGAUUGAUGGAAGUUUACAAAAAUACCCCAGAGACUGUCAAUCUCAUAAUAGAAGUUUUUGUUGAAGUUGCACAUAAACAGAUAUGCUAUCUUGGAGAGUCCAAAGCUAUGAACUUAUAUGAAGCUUGCCUUACUUUGUUGCAAGUAUAUUCUAAGAAUAAUUUAGGGCGGCAAAGAAUAGACGUUACAGCAGAGGAAGAGCAAUACCAAGACUUGCUUCUCAUCAUGGAACUUCUUACUAACCUUCUAUCAAAAGAGUUCAUAGAUUUCAGUGAUACGGAUGAAGUAUUUAGAGGCCAUGAGCCGGGGCAUGCGCCUAACAGAUCUGUGUCAGCAGCUGAUGUUGUUUUAUAUGGCGUAAAUCUAAUUCUGCCCUUGAUGUCACAGGAUCUUUUGAAGUUUCCAACUCUUUGUAAUCAAUACUACAAAUUAAUCACGUUUAUCUGUGAGAUUUUUCCUGAAAAAAUACCACAGCUUCCUGAAGAUCUUUUUAAAAGUUUGAUGUACUCACUAGAACUAGGAAUGACGUCAAUGAGUUCGGAGGUUUGCCAGCUUUGCCUGGAAGCUUUGACACCAUUAGCUGAACAGUGUGCAAAAGCACAAGAAACAGAUUCACCACUUUUUCUAGCAACACGGCACUUUCUAAAGCUGGUUUUUGAUAUGCUGGUUUUGCAAAAGCACAACACAGAGAUGACCACUGCAGCUGGGGAAGCUUUCUACACGUUGGUGUGUCUGCAUCAGGCUGAAUAUUCUGAAUUGGUUGAAACAUUACUGUCAAGUCAACAAGACCCAGUUAUUUACCAGAGAUUAGCAGAUGCCUUUGGCAAGCUCACAGCAAGCAGCACUCCUCCUACGCUGGAUCGGAAGCAGAAGAUGGCCUUUCUAAAGAGUUUAGAAGAAUUUAUGGCAAAUGUUGGUGGUCUCCUUUGUGUAAAAUAAACAACAAAGUUUUAUGCUUAAUUUAGAUCCUUUCUGCAAAGUGCACUGAAAUGCUAAAAGUUGACUUGAGUCUUAUUCUGUUCUUCAGUUCUUUGGCCAUGAUUAUGGCAAGCCUGAAAGUUUAAUAUAAAAUGCCAUGAAACAGGAGAGGUCAACUUUGAAUCAGCUUCUGCUGUUAGGUGAAAGCCACAAUCCAUCAUACAUGUCUUAGAGAUUUUGGAUGGUGAUUUAAAUUUUUCAGAAUGAAAUUCCGUAUGUACAGGCAGUAUGGGCACCAUGAAAUACAUAUUCAGUGCCUUUUCCCCCUUUAUCAAAACAUUAGGUGGCUAGCCAAAGUUUCGAAUUUUCAUUAUUAAAUAUUAAAUGGUUAUAUGCUUAGUACUGUUCUCAAAAUGUUGUCCAGAGAUCCACCUGCGUCAUUUGAGGAACUGGGUGAAAAGGUAGAUUCUUGGGGUGCAACUUAUACACCCUCAGAGUCAGAAUGUCUAUUUGCUGGACCUUGAAUUCUUCGUUUGAAUAAGCUCCUUCCCUCUGCCACGCCAAAAGUUUUAAAUCAAUAGAAAGGACAUUGAAAACUCUUUAUACGUUCUGUGCUUUCAGAUUUUUCCUCCCUUUGAUGAUUAGGUUUCUAUUUCAGCAGGAAUAAGAAACAUUACCAGGUAUUUGUUGACCUUUUUUAGUACAUGUUCCCUGCUCUCUUUUUUUGUAACAUCAACCUGAUGUUGUGGGUUUUGUGUAAUACAGGUCUCUAAUCAUACUCUGAUGCCUGAAAUUGAGAAGGAAAAUACAUGUAUAUUUUUUGUUCCAUGAAGAGAACUUUAGGAACCGUAGCCAUUUCAUUGCCUUAAUUUUUAAGAAGAAAUUUUUAAAAAGAGCAGAUUUGUUAUAGUAAUAAAUCAAGUUUUGAUGCUUCAGAGUUUGUUUAGAGUGUUAGCUGCUAUAAACCUGGUGCCCUUUUGAUCCUGUAUUUAUGUGGGUUUAUGGGUGAAAUGAAAGACUUGUUCAUAUGUAGUCUUAACUUUUUUUGAGUGUGUUUCUAUCCAGCCAUGAAACUCAUGGCUAAUAAUCUACUCUGAAUGGCUUGCUUAAGCAAUAACUAUUUUAAAGGAUGUGAAUUACUGAUUCACACAGACUAUUAUACUCUGGGGGCAUCUAGGGGCAAUAAUUAUGCUAGAGUGGGUAUUUUCCUCAUUUCAUAGGAACCACGUAAAUUUAAUUUAAGAGAUUAAGAAAAUUCACUUUAAAAGUCUCUAGUUUGAUUUUUCUAAUCAGGAAUUUUGUACUACUGCCUUGCUCCCUUUAAUUCUUUAUGCCAGUUUAAAUUAUGAAUAUGAAAGCUGACUUAUAAACCACAGGUAUAUAAAACUGCCCACUGCAAUAUCAAAAUCACACUGCAUAGAGACAGAGGCCUUUGGUGCAGGCACUCUUGGAAACUGUGCUUCCAAGGGGUGGCCUUUCAUCUGCUGUGUCCUUGGCACCAAAAUGCUAAACUGUCCUUCAAAUAUAGUGUCUAUUUCUGAGUUGCACAUAGCAUAUGCACCUACAUGUGUGAUGCUGUGCAAAACUUUGUCUAACUCUGUGCUAUAAACAGUUGCAGUUAACAAAACUGGAGCAUCUAAUUUCCACCCACCCUGUGCAUAUGGCAUUUAGACACAGUGAGUGCAAGGCCUUGGCUCACAACUUUUUGAGGAUCUUGAUUUGAUCACCAUUGAGUCACAACUGAGGUGGAGCCAAGAUACCUUAAAAAGACAGCUAGGAAAAAAACCCAUACUCUUCAUAAAAUAUAUGCUGUUGUAUUAUUUAAAAUAUUUGAAUAGUGCAUUUAUUUGUAGAUUUCUUCUUUUUUGCCCUUACAGAGCCUGAAGCGUUUUUUUUUUUUUUAAAGAACCUGGAAUCCUAUGCAGCAGUAAUAACUUUGUUUUGCAUUGCUUUUGGUGUUUUCUGUUUCUCAGUGCCCUCACACUUUCUUGGUGGGUGUAAGUAAGCUACACGUAUCUGUGUGUGUGAGAAGUGUGGCCUCUUUGCCAAAGGACACCAAAGGACACACACCUGACUGCAUAGGCCACUGCUCAAGUUAUUAAAAAUAAGUUGAAUAGGAAAGGAAUGCCUUGGUAAUAAAUAAAAUGAUAUCCAUAUUUAAUAACUUACCCAGAUAGAAAUGUGUUUGCUAAAUUUACCCAGGUGUAAUUACAAUACUGUAAUUUCAUUAGGCCAGUUUUAAUUAAAACCAGAUUUACUUCAGAUCGGACCAAAUAAUACUUAAGAUAUCACCAUACUGUUAAUUAAUAGCGAAGUGUGGAUGUGAGGGGUGGAAGAAGCCACCAUUUUUUAGAUAAUAGAGUUGUCACUUAAUUGCAGUGGCUAGAGUAUGUGUGUUUGCCUGCUUGGUUAGUUAUUCAGUUUAGAUCUUCUUUUGUUUUGUUUUGUCCAAUUUUGUCUUCCAUUAUGUUUACUGGCAUUUUUGUUUUUUAAAUGCUCUUGGCCUAGUAGGUGUCAAGAACACUGGCUUAAUUCUCUUAAAUUGAUUUUUACUGGUAAAACUGACUGUUUUUAGAGUUUUAAAAAGCAAAAACAUUUGUGCCCCCUUUUUAUAUAUACUUUAAGGGACACUAUUGAGUAUUUGAUUGUAGGAAUUUUGUAUUUUAUAAAAUUUCUCUUGUUCAUAUAUAAUACCUUUAACUAGAAGUUUUCAAUUAUUUCUUUUUUGAUUUAUCUUGUUUUGUUUUCCUUGGCCCAUUUGUUUUCCAAGGUAUACUCUCUAAGAAGUCCCAAGGCAUAAUUACUAAGACUUUUUCCUUUCACAUUUUGUAUUUAUGUAGCAACAUCUGUAACUAUAUUCUUGUAGCUCUCUUGAAAGGAUUGGUUUCCUUUUAUGGUUCUGAAUGGGUGGCUGCCUGGAUAGCUACACUGCUUAACAAUAUUCAACAGUGUUCUUUCAACACAAUUAUUUGAGUCUUUCUGCCUUCAUGUCUCAAUGUGGUUGGAAGACUGUGGCAUGUUAGCAUCACUGCAUUGAGUUUUGACUGGUUACAAAGUGUGACAUUUUAUUAACAAAAACUUGAUUAUUUUUCCAAUUAAGUUUUAGAACUUAGUCUUAUUUCAUUGUAAAUCUUACAUAUAAUUACAUUACUUGGUUCAGAUGAGAUGGUUACUACUUUUUUAAUUCUCAUUUCAAUACCAAGCAUAUCUCUAUAAUUUCUUCCCAGUCAGCAUCAUAUAACACUCCCCUUGCCUUUCAUUGAACUUUGCCCUUUAUCAAAAAUGUCAUUUUUCUUUGUAAGUCAGCAUACUUCCCAUUUUUGUUAAUAAUCACAUGGACCCUUGUGUGUGAGAGGGAAUAAUCUGUCAAUUUCAAGGUCUUUAAAUUCGAGUAAUAUACAGUGUUGAUUUAAAAUACUAUCCGUUCCAAUUUUAUGUGUGUUCUCUUUGCUACCUCUGUCAUUAGAGGUAGUUGUUAUUAAACCUUACCAAGUUAGCUGUCUCUCAUGAAUAAUUAUCAUUAAUGGUUCCUAAAUAAAAUAUUAAGUAUUAAGAUACAAGGAACCUCAGUACUUCUUAGGGUUUUUUUAAAGGCCAGAUUAUAAGGAGCUAAUUUGGAGAUCAGUUCUGUCAAUUUUUCUACAAAACAACAUAACUGGUAAUAUAGUAAUGUUUUAAAUUAUUUUAAAAUAUAAAUGGAUAUUCUCUGACUUGGUACUAUGUUCUAAAAAAACUGCUUUUAAGAAUUCUUUUAAAAUUGAUUUUCUGAAGUUAAAAAAUGACUAAAUUAGGUAUACUGCCAAAUUCAAAUUGAUUUGAAAUGGCACGGUGAAGUUGAACUUUAAACAUUUUCAUAUAGAUGUAAGAAAUGUCAAGUCUGUUUGAUAAUAUUAGGAACCCAUGACAUACUUAGCCAAAGAAUAUAUUUGGUUCAGGUAAAGUAAUAAACUUAAUAAUGGGCAUCUAUCCCAUUUUGAAGAGGAUGGAUGAAGUGGUCUGUUUCUGGCCCCUAGCUCUCUAUACCUAAGUCUUUGAAAAGACUGAAAUGUUCUAAGAUGGCUUCGGUAGUGAUUGGUGGGUGUGGCUUGCACAGUAGACUCCUUGAGCUCACACCACAAACCUCCUUUAUCCACCUCACCCACUGUGGCUGGCUUUUUGCUUAUUCCCAGGCCUACCCAACAGUAGAGGUUUUGUUUCUUUUUCAGUCUAUAUUCUUAGGUCUCUUAGCUAUUAGCAAAUGUCAGAUAUGGACUAAUAGCUAAUUUUCCUAACCUGAAGUUAAAUACUGUAUCUGCACUAUGUACCUAAUGGGAAUCUGACCUCAAGUGUGUUCUGAGCCCAGUCUUCCUGGUGUGGUGUCUUUUACCACAUGAAAUUAUGGCAAAUUGCAAAUAUUGAUAUUGUGAUUUGGUUCUCUGUACAAAGAAAGAAACUCCAUGCAGUGAGUGUGUGGUUUAAUGGUCACAAAAUGUUAGCACUGCUACCAUUCAGCACGUGUAAAAUUUUUUAAAUUUAUAAAUAUUAAAAUUUUAAACUUACACUAAGACUUUUCAGUUUUUUUAUGAGUCCCAGGGAUGAGUAUAUUGUUAAAAUAUUUACCUCUUAAUAUUACUAAUGAAGGUAUAAAGUUGCAUUUAAUUUUUCAAAAGAUGCUAUGAUAAGAUGUUAGGAAAUAAACUAAGGUUCUGUAUUAAGCCAGUUACAAACUGAAUAUCAAAUUGAUAACAUUUUCUUUGUAUUUUUUUAAAUACAUAAAUGGGAGUUAAAAUGUGUCUUUUCACUAAAUAUUUUUAUUACAUUUUGGUUUUGACCAUGUGUGAUUUGUUCAUGAGUAAUUAGCUAGUCUGUUUUAUGAAAUUUAUUGAAAUGGUGCUAGUUUGUUUACUAUUUUAGGAUUAUUGUCACUGGGGACAUAACACAGUCAUGAAAUAGUUUUAAGUAAAAAACAAGAGGACAUAUAUGUGGAUAGUUAAAAUAAAAAUUUGCGUUACCUUCUGGGAGAACACCCAAUCCUAAAAGAAUAUGUAGGUUUCAGAAAGAAAAGUUUUCUUUAUAUUAUUUAUUAUUGAG